AUGAUUUUCCUUUAUCUUGGUUACACCCCGCGCGAACCUGGGAUACCUCAUCCUGAUGAGCAGAUGCCACCUCCACCUGACUAUCCUCCUCCACCUGAACCUCCUCUACCUGAUGAGCCUAUACUUGCCCAGCCUAUCCAUGAGUCACCUCCUGCACCUUUUGUCCUUGAUAAGUGGGGUGUUCCUGUGUUGCCACCCGAGCUUGAUCCUUUACCUGAGCCGAUCGAGCCUCCUGUCUUUGAUGAGCAGCAGGGACAUGAGUAUGAUCAGAUCAUAGAGGCGCCACCUCCUUCUCUCUACUGUAUUUUGUUGGGUAGCUAUCCUUUUAUGGUUCCUGUGGCCAGCAGUAGUUCCUCUGCUAUCACUCCGGCAGAAGAAGAGGACGAGGAAGAAGAAGAUCCAGAGGAAGAUCCUAACUUCAUAGUUAUCUCCUCUGACAGCAAUGACGAUGAGCCAGGCGAGGCGCCAGCAAGCGAGCAUCACCAUUCGCCCGGUGGUUUUCCGUGA